UGCCAACGUAUGCAAACAGGAACAUGUCUACCGGCUUUUAACAUCUUUAAACCAUCUUGUGUCUGUCUGACCCGGUCUGUGACAGCCCGACCUUUGCUGUUCCUCGGUGUUGGUGGAGUUUCUCAGCGGUGCCUCCGGAGUCUGAAAGCGGCGUCCUUCUUCUUGUUCAUCGGUCUCAGUCAGUGUGGGUCGUCAUGGCGAGUCCAAGAACCAGAAGAGUUCUGAAGGAAGUGAGAACCCAAGAUGAGAAUAAUUUGUGUUUCGAGUGCGGAGCUUUUAACCCUCAGUGGGUCAGUGUGACGUACGGCAUUUGGAUUUGCCUCGAGUGUUCUGGAAAACACAGAGGCCUGGGGGUCCAUCUCAGCUUUGUGCGCUCUGUCACCAUGGACAAGUGGAAAGAUAUUGAGCUGGAGAAAAUGAAAGCUGGAGGAAACGGCCAAUUUCGCCUGUUUCUCGAACUCCAAGAUGAUUAUGACCCCAACUGGAAUUUACAGGAGAAAUACAACAGCCGAGCAGCUGCGCUCUUCAGAGACAAGGUUGCAACUUUAGCCGAGGGGAAGGAGUGGUCCAUUGAGACGUCUCCUGCUAAGAACUGGACACCCCCUCAAGCCAAGACCAGCCUUUCAACCUCCCAUCGCUCUGGAGGACCUGGACAGAACCCAGCAAGUUCUAGCGACAAAGCUUUUGAGGACUGGUUGUCUGACGACGUUAACUCUUACCAGAGUGGAGGAGGUUACAGUGGAAACCAGGAGAAUCGUUACGUUGGUUUUGGCAACACGGUGGCGCCGGAGAAAAAAGACGAAGACUUCCUGAACAAUGCUAUGUCGUCAAUUUAUUCAGGAUGGAGCAGUUUCACUGUUGGAGCCAGCAAGUUUGCUUCUAUUGCCAAAGAUAAUACAACAAAACUAGCAAACCAAGCAACGUUAAAGUUAAGGGGCUAUAAAGCCCCACCAGAACCGGCCACAGAGUUAGGACAGACAUUAAAUGAGAAUGUUAUCAAACCUACACAAGAAAAGGUCAAAGAUGGCAAAUUGCUAGAUGAAAUGGCGGUCAGCAUCACUGGGCUGGCGAACAAGAUGCAGGGAGCAGGUGCAAAACUGACCAAUCUGAUAUCUGGAAAACCACAAGAUGGAUCUGGUGGAGAGAGCUACCAGAACAUGGAUGCCUCUGAGGGCUACCAAGGCAGCUCUGGCCAGGCCGUCUCGAGGGACUUCUGGGAAACUUUUGGCAGCAACAGCUCCUUAAAGGAGAAGAAAUCUCCCAGCAGUGACAGCUGGACCAUGGCAGAUAAUUCGGCGAAGAAGAGCUCUGACAGUUGGGACAAUUGGGGCUCUGAAGGAGCGGUGUCCAACAACAAACACAGCACAGAGGAGAGCUGGGAAGCCUGGGACAACAACUGGGAGAACGCGGACGGCAAGACAAAGAAGAGUCCUUCAAAAGCCGCCGAGGAAAGCUGGGACACCGCAGGCUGGUAGUGGCCUCACAAACAUACAUAAUCUCAUUUGUUUUCCUCCUCUUGGCCUUUUCACUGCCUCCUUCUUUCUCUUCCUCUGUUCAUCUCAUUCCAUUAGAGCUUUCCGGAAUAGACUUCCUUUAGCUUAGUUCCUAUUUAUGCAUUUAAAUAGAAUUUUCCUAUUUUCUUCAAAAACAAUCAAUGAAACCCAGAACUGAGUUGAGCUCAUUAAAUAAAACACCAUAAAACUAUAUUGAUUUCCAGAGCUAUAUUUUAUUAUAAAUUGCCUUCAUCAUAAUAAAUCAAACCUAAUGAGUGUAGAUGAGAACUUCCUGUAUGAAUUGCCCAAAAUAUAAAACUUGUAAAGGUGAGUUAUUCUGUGUUCAUGUCUCAAUGGUUUAGUGAUAUUGAUGUUUUAAUUCAGCACAUCAAAUAAUGAUGCAUGAAAGAGAAAAAUCUAUUGUAAAUAUGAAUCAUUGUAAAUACGACUAACUAAGCUGUUUGUGUUCAGUCAGAUUUAGGCCCUUUAGAUCUUUUGCACGGUUUGUAAAAUUGAUUUAUGAAAAGCCUUUUUGACAGAUUAUAACACCCAUUCCAGCCUGUAGUCAGUGUUCUGUUAAAUAAUAUUAAAAAAAACAAAUUCAUUGUAACAAACUGUUUACGAUUAAUUAAAACAUCUGUGGAUUUGUAUCUAAUUUGUGACUACAUGAUUUUCAUAUAGUGUUGAUUUUUCUAUUUUUUUUAUAGAUUUAUUAAAGACAUGUCAUGGAAUUUAGGAUCAUCAAAGAGCUACUAAAUGACACAGAUGCAGGAACAAAAAUCCUUGAAAUCAUUCAAAUUUAUGUCCAACAAACUUGCUGCCCUGUUGCACAAAAAUCAGAAUUUUACAUAUUUCAGUAAAGCAGUUAUUAAUUAACAGGAUUCACUUUUACACACUUUAUAAAAAGAAAAAGGUUUGACUAAAUAGUGUCUGAUUUACUGAUUUUAUUCUAAAAAUGUCCCAUCAAUAAUUUAGUCAUUUAGAGAACAUCAGAGAGCACCUUAUAACCAUAACAAACCAGCAAAACAGUUUGUCCCAAUGAUUUUAUUUUUCUAAUAAUAAAACAAUUACAAAUAAAAAUUCCACCUAAUUCCAAAUCUAGUUCUGAAUUGUCCCUGCUACCUUUAAAUUAUUAUUUUGUAAAUGCACAUAUUUAAUCAAAUUGCUGAUUGAAAUUUAAAAACUAAUUAUUUACUCACUUUUUGUGGUCAUUAAUAACUUUAGUAUAGAUUUUUGUCACUCAUCUUCUAAAGACAAGACACUAUAAAUUGCUUUUUAUUGGAAGUUGGUAACAAUUUUUGUGUAUUAAAAUAAUAAUAAACUUAAAGAUGCUGGGUCAAGUUUAAGCUCAGAUUUUCAGCACAGUUAACAUGAAGUGGUUAAAACCAGGUUUACUUCAGCUGACAUUUUUAUUUUUUUGAUAAAUUUUUGUUUCUCUCGAACAAUACACUUCAUCUUCCUUUUUUCAAAGUUUAUUUUUUUACGACACAAUGUAGACCUUUUGAAUGAUUCAUGUGUAAAAAUGAUAUAAUAUUGCUGAUAAAAAACAAAACAAAACAUGGACACUUUUUGCUGUAGCCUUAAUUCAGAAUGAAGGCCAAGUUUGGACCACACGGUUGUAAAAGCCUGUGAAUCUGUGAACGCAGCUGAAAAACGUCAUAGUACAUUUGAUUAGAUCUGAAGCUGCUCUCUUCACCUCRGCCAUAUCUUCACAUCUGAACUGUGGGUGGAUUUAUUCAUGAGGAUUGCUGCUCUUUGAUAGUUGUGAACUAAACUGAUAGCCUAAUGCAUCUCUCAGUUUAAAGAGCAGCUGUGUUAUAAACCUGUCACAACAUGGAGGAAUGUGUUUGUUAAAAACAGAGGAAUUACUUUAGGGUUUUUAGUUAAUAAAAUUUGAGAACACCUCUUUCCCUGUAAUGCUGUUUAAAACCAACUCAAUGAUUUGGCUUGUAUGGGUCAAAAUCUGGAUAUAUGUUUCCCUUAAAGCAAUAAGUUUAUUUAAAAUAAAACUACACUACUACGCUUGGUUUUUGGUUGAUUGUUUGACACAUAGAGGCUGUAGUCUCAGAAUGGCUGGAGGAGCAGUGUGUCAGAGCAGACUUGUUAACAUUUUUACAGUGUUCAUUUGGCUUUAAUGGCUAAAAAUAGCACCGUGCUCACGUUUUAAUGAUUCACUCCAUGCUUCAUUUUCUACCUCUAAGAAAGUUUUGGUUCACAGUCUGGCUUGUGAGUGGAAAACUUUUUUUUUUUACAGCCUCUUAAUUUCUCAGUGUUGUUUUCAUGUGGAGUUCAUUUCUUCCUGUUAAACAUCUGUGUGGGUUUUUUGUGUGUCUGGGGCAGGGGAAAAAAACUCAAACUUGAGCCUUCAGUGUUGAUGUGUUUUCAGUGUCAAUGCUGUGCUGCGUUAAAAAAAUAAUCACUCCUGUAACUUUUCUCCUGUUGAAACCCUGCUGUUGUGUUAAUGUACAGUCAAGUGUUCAAAGCCUUAAAUAUCCUUAUUUUUCUGUUCCUACUGAUGACACUUUGCCUGUGUGUUUUCUAUGCUGUGGGGUGACGGUAAACGAUGAACCACAGCUUUGCCUCUAUUACUGACAUUUUACAGAUUCUCUGUUUCCUUAUUUAAUACUGGAAUUUACACAAAUAGUUCAAGGACGAAGGGAAGACGUUCUGUAAAAUCUCCUUUUAAAAAAUGAAAAACUUAGUUAUUUGUUUUUAAUAGUUCUAAAAAUAACUGUUCAUUUAAUGAAUGUGUUGUUGGACGUACAACUACUCUAGAUUCAGAAGCAAAAUGACAAAUGCAUCAGUGAUUUGGUUGACUUUAACUCGUCUUUAUAUACAUUUUUCAUUUUUCCCCCUACCCUACAUUAAAAGAAACUGGUGUUUCUUUAAUUUAAAACUUUUCCUUAUCAGGAAUCAGUCUGUUUCUGUGCCUGUUCAACAUCUGAGAUCUGGUGCAUCUGUUUGUCUGUGAAACUAAAUAUGUCAAAAUACUAUUUUUUGAUGUUGUGCAUGAUAUUUAAAGUGGAGCUGACCAUACGGAGUUGUUUCCUCUGUGACUUUUAAGUGCAGUUGUGUGCUUGUUUCACCAGCAGCAUUCCUCAGAGACGAGCCUGUGUUAUCUGAUCACACUGAGGCUGUGGACGUGCUUUCCUGUACACUUGGUUUCAGUGUGAAAUAAAACUGUAAUGUGAA